AUGGAACGUUUUUUAAUCACACCAGGUAAUUUAAAAUCAACUGCUGUUUCAACUGUUUCGGAGCCUAAUGACCCUGAAUCAAGUGCGCGUACACCAAUAUCAGAUACAAAUAAACAGUUGAAUUUAAACAUUUUUGAUAUUAGUGUAACUUGUGAGGAUACCGCUGUACAACCUGUCAUCAGUUUUCCUCGUACUUUUAUAUCUGGGAAGCAACGUAGCUUUCAAAGCAGUUGGUACAAUAAGUACCCAUGGUUGGAAUACUCAAUUAAAAUGAAUGCCGUAUUUUGUUAUUAUUGUCGUCAUUUUCCUUCUCAUUCGCAAAUUGAAAAAGAUGUUCUAAUUACUGGUGGAUAUUGUGAUUGGAAAAAUAUAAGUAACAUGACUAAAAAACAUGAUAAGACUACUUCACAUAAAAAUGCAAUUGCUAAAUAUGGCGCAUGGCUAUCAACCAAAAAAACUGGAUCAGUUUCGACUCAAAUAAAUAAACAAGUCAAGGAGCAAGUUAUAAAAAAUCGAGCUAUUUUAACAAGUGUAAUAAGGUGUGUUUUAUAUUGUGCACGGCAAGAUAUCGGACUACGAGAACAUCGAAGAGAAAGAAAUGAAGAGUUCAAUAGUGAAAAUUAUGAUGCAAGUUUGUGUUCACGUCAUGACGUAAAUGAAGUAAAUGAAGUUCAUAUUGGGAGCCAGAUAUUUAGUUUAAUUGUAGAUGAGGCAAGAGAUCAGUCAAAAAUUGAACAAAUGAGUAUUUGUAUUCGAUAUUUGCACAAUUUAAAAAUUAAAGAAAGAUUUUUAGGUUUUGUAGAAUUGAACGAUUUAAAUGCUCAAGCACUGUGUGAUGGCAUAAUAUUUUUUUUAAAUAAUGUUGGUUUAGAUGUUUCAAAUUGUGUAAGUCAAUCAUAUGAUGGGGCGUCAGUAAUGUCCGGAGCUUUUUCUAGUGUUCAAACAAAAAUAAGGGAAUUAGCACAAAAUCCGUGUCCGUAUAUUCAUUGUCAUGCUCAUAGGUUAAACCUAGUUCUAGUUGAUGUAACGAAAAAUAUUCAAGAAGUAGAUGAAAUACUUGGUUUAUUAGAAGCUAUUUAUGCAUUCCAAUCGGUAUCUACAAUUCGUCAUCAUGCUUUUUUACAUGAAACCAAGUAUAAAGUACCACAACAUUGUGAAACAAGGUGGGUUUCAAAACACAAGGGUAUUACAUUUUUUAAAAAUCAUUUUAUUGAUAUUUUAAAAGUUCUUAAUGCAUUUAGAGAAAGUACUAAAAAACAAGAAGCUGCAGAGGCAAAGGGUUUGGCCAUACAGUUUGCUAAGUUUGAACAACAAAUAUUAGAUUUACGUAAUGAUGAGAAGUUUUUUGAACUAUAUGAGCAAUCAUUGGUUAUUGCUCAAAAUUCUAAAAUACCUACGCCAUCAAGUGAUAAUUUGUCAUCAAAAAGAACACAGCAAAAUUCAAGUACUUUGGCCGAUUAUUAUGUAACUAUUACCACUGGUAAACGUAAAAGAAUGGCUUAUUCAUCUGAUGACAUGAAAACAGAGCAAAAAAGAAUAUUUUUUAAUAUUUUAGACGUAAUAUAUUUCGAAAUGAACCGGCGUUUUAAUACAAAGGAUGAUAUGUAUGCAACUUUAGAAGCUUUAGACCAAAAUUCAUCAACCUUUUUAGACAGUGAAAUAAUUUGUCGUUAUGCUGAAACAUUUCCAUUUUAUCGAUCAAAUGAAUUUAUUACCAAAUUAAAAUGCCAAUGUCAACUGGGAAAAACCUUAUUUUUAUCUGUAUCUGAUAUUUUUGAAUUAUAUCAAGAAGUAAAAAAAUACAAAGUUGGAUUUGAAGAAUUAACAAAAAUUAUUGAAAAUGUUUUGGUAGUUCCAGUAUCUAGUGCCUCAGCAGAAAGGAAUUUCUCGACGAUGAAAAGAGUAAAAACAUAUCUGAAGUCAACGAUGACAAGUAGCAGACUAAAUAAUUUAACUUUGCUGUCUAUUGAGAGAGAAAUAAGUGGAAAAUUCAUAGAAAAUCCAUCUGCUCUUAUCACUACCGAAACGGUGGCGGCAAAAUGUCCAGGUCCGAGAAAUACAGUUGGUUAUGUCAUACUGCAUGGUCAGUACUCGGUUUCCAUCGGACUGGACGACGGGCACGAUGCUUUUACAUACGUCAUGCACCGGAUUGUGUUCAAGCACGUAGACGUGUUCUUCAUGUACUUCGUGUCUGACAACACGAACAUGUGUAAACUGUGGUACGGCGUAAAAAAGGGUGAAACCGCUUGCCAAUGUCAGAAGGAUAUUAGUGGUAAUCGUAGUGUGACCGCAAUACCAACGAAUAACAUGUGUAGUGACUAUGUAAAACAGUAG